AAUAAUACAUGUACAUGUAUACGUUUAAAUUGUAAAAGAGACUAUGAGCGAAAGAGACAACUCAUCAGACGCAUAUUGCGCAAGUUAACAUAAACGCAUCCGAUGCAUCAGUGCGCGCGCGUGCGACGCGCAUUGCUUUGCUUGUAGUCAUCAGCAGCCAUCAGAUAAUUGCGCGUAUCAUACAAACACGCGGGUGCAGCCACAUUGUGCUGCGCCACGAAAGAGAGAGAGAAAGAGAAAAAAUCUACAAAAAGCGCGUUCGUCAGAGAAGUCUUGUCUUGGCGAAAUUGCGUGCAAUUGCGACUCGAAUAGCGACGUGUGAUACGCAACAGUCGUGAUUGUGACCUUUUGUCCCCGCAUAACUUUAAUAACGCUGAAACGAGGUGCCUCUGCUUUUCGCGAGCGAUCGUGACCUUCCUAAUCGAGAACGCCAAGCGGGAAGAUUGCGUACAUCUCGCGGGAGGACAUGCCGGACAGCGGGGCUGUCUAUCAACCGACAACCGUCGGCUACACGUACGACAGCGGUGGCGACGGCACCGGCGGCGGUGGUGGCGGUGGUCUGAGACACGGCUUCUGGCGCAUCAUGUCCAGGCACAAGCUCAGCUCUAGAAAGUGGCUCGAGUGGAUGCUGUUGUCGGUCGCGCUGUGCUUCUUUGUCGCCGGCCUCACGACGAUGCUCGUCAGCCUCGUCUCCACGGAUGGUUCGUCGCAGACGAGUACCAUACAGGAGGUAAAAUCAGAAGGGCAUACAACGAUGGCUACAAAUGUACAACAACAAAUAGAGGAUGCGGGAAAAGGUUCUGUAGCAUUAGGCGCCGGAAUGAUGCUGGUCGGCGUAUUACUUGGCUUAAUUUGGGCAUGGCUCACAUUCUUUCGUCGUAGCAAAUCGCCGAGAAACGGCAUGACGGGCAGCAGUGGUCAGAUGUUGGGCGGUUUGAAUCCAUCGACUGACUUGCUGGUGGGUUCCACUUCGCAGUACGGGCCAGUACUCACAGAGGUGCCGAGUCAGCUGAAGAUGAAGCAAGCCAACUCGCACGACACACCAGUGCUGCCGCUUUCCGAUCAAGAGGAGGAAACGCACACGCUAAUGCAAGAUUCGGCAAGUCCGCCGUCCGUUUCCGUUGGAUCUAACACCAUCGUUAAUCAGAUUCAAGGUUGAGUAAAAGCGAUCCAUUGUUUUUGCGCGAAAAAGCGCGAUGUAACACUUGGUUUAUCGCUUCGAUUGUAUAAAUUUAACGCGUUUCCGAAUGAUUUUAUUAUAACUUAGCAAUUUUUGCAAAUCGUCUGGCUUUAUUUAGGAUUGGAUGUCAUCUUUCUGACUUCUUUAAAUCGCAGCAUACGAUGCUGCUGACAUCGAUCUUGUGAUUUAAUAAUUUUAUGCCAUUUGAAAGAAAAUAUUUCUUCCUUUUUUAAUUUGCCCGAACUUCGUUUACAUUUUGUAGCAUAGUUAUUAUUAUUAUUUUCUUUUUAAUAGACAAGCGUGCGAUUUAAGAGAUCUCAUUUAUAGUAUAUUUAGAAUAUUUGGUAUUUUUAGUCCUCUCUUUGUUUUUGCCUACACACAUUCCUCCACUCCGUCCACUAUCAUCAUUAAUAUCUUAAGUGAGCAUUGGAUCCAGAUAGAAAAAAAUAUGCAAUACACAGAUUCUAUUGUGAACAGUUGCAUUAUGACUGUGUUUCGUGAGACUUCAAAAAUAAUUUUUAUAUCAAAAGCACAUUGAAUUUACUGUAAAAUAUAUUUCUUUUUAAUUUACAUUUAUAUAUUAUUAACAAGUAUAUAGUUAUUAACUUUACUUAAACAUAUAUUGUGAGCAAAUUUGCACUCGCCUGAGUAAAAUUAAAUUCUAUCUUGCCUUGAUUUGACGCGUUUGUAAUAUUGAUACGCAUAACAUACAUUUAAGUACUAAAUGAAUAACAGUAACAGCAAUCAUCAUUGACAAUAUAUACUGUAAAUUAAACAUCACACACAUUGGUAUAUAUAUACAUUAAGUCAAUAAUUGUUACUGUAUUUAAUACAUACACAAAAUGUUAUGUAUAUAUUAGUAUAAUGUGUAAAACAUAAGAUGAAAUGGACUGCAAUCUUAAAAGACGGUUGAUAAAAUAUGCAUGCCGUAAUGCACAAGUUUUAUAUCUCAUUUCGAUUUAUUUUGUGUUUAUAUUAUACAUAAUUUUAUAUUGCACUUAAUUUUAUUACAAAAUGAUUUUGUAUAAUGGAUAUAUUCGCUUUAAUAGAUUAUCUAUUGCGUUAA